GAGUCUCAUCCAAAGAAGUUUGGGACAUGAAAACGUUUCUUGGAUUAUGAUGAGGUCUUAAAAUAGCGUUUCAUAUGAUUUUGAACUCUAUGGAGUUGGUUGCAGAGUUGGUCUUUGUGCAAAUGGAUUACGACGUGCUCGAGCAGAAGGUAGAGCUGCAAUCCAUAUUAACCAUUGAUGAUUAAGAUAACGCCGCUUUGGAGGUUGGCUGAUGAAUGAAAUGCAUUAUUGAGAGGCUUAUUGGAUUACCUUUGGACGAGGUCAUGAAGAUGACAAUCUUUUCCUUACCUUCUGACAUGAACCAAUCCCAACAAUGUACGAUUUACACCACACACAUGCUUGACGAGCAACCAGUGCAAGGUGGUUCGCUGGGGAUUUUUUUUAUGACUUAUGCAUUUUUACCCUCAAUGUCAAGGCAUUUUUAUUGUUGGUCGGCUAAGAAUGUACAAGAGCCAUUGUUGCCAAAAGGAGCCGGAGCACAGUUUUUGAUAAUGAGGGUUGAGUGGAUCCUCAUACCCAAUAAGGAUCUAUUUCAAAUGUAACGAUUUAUUUUAUACCCCAUUCGAUGACGGCCAUGUACCGGUGUUCGCUCAUUUCAUGACCUGAUGAUUUGAUCGGUGCUCGAAAAGCUUUCUCUCCGUUCCUCGAGAGCCAAUGAAAACGCUUCCGCCAGCGGAAAAGGGAACGACCGGCUCAAUUUUGACCUGGUGUGCGCGUCGCAAAAGGAGGUUCGAAACUUCGUUUCGAAAACAUUGAAAAAGCUAAGAAAGCAAUUGCAAGUUGUUCAUCAAAGAAAACGCUAUUAAUGAGAACAUCUUCAAGUUGGAAUAACCGACGAGUUUAAAUGGGAUGACUUGGGAAUCCGGAAGCCGUUGUUAGUGGAAUCAUUUCCCACCUGCGCUUUUAACAUGACCCCACGUGGUUCGACGAGAGAACACGGGAAUUCUUCCUCGGGACCGCACUAGCACUUCACUACAUGAUGAACUCUUGUGACUCUCGACAUCACACCAGGAACAACGGCGAAAGCGCACCUUCCGAAAGCUCGAGCAUGGAUCCUGGUAAGCAGAUACUGCUCAUAUGAAGGUGUGUGUGCAUCUCACCGAGCGUCUUUGACAAUUCCUCGUAGAAAGCCGACUUGCUGACGACCACCCUCUGGACAGAGAGGUCCACUCAUCCGAACGGGAAGCUCUCUGACCUGAUGAGGUAGACGUGUUUAAGUGGGGUCAUUUUCACGUUGAUCCUCCUCCUCUUCCUCCUCCUCCUACUACUACUAGUAUUACUAGUCGUUUGCGUUUGGUUUGCGGCUCAUUGAGCUCUUGAGAGUAGACAAGGACACUUGGUUCCGAUCAAAGAGUCAAAGUAAACAUGCCUGUGCACCCUUUGAGUAGUGAUCAUCUCGAAGAUCAUGAUGUCGAAGUUGUGGAUGAGGUCGAAGAGGACAGGCCUUUGGAUUGUUCCAGCACUUCCAACGAAAGUGGGCAUAGUGACGAUGUGAAACAAACCCCAGUGAUCAGCACCAAGCUACACUCAAAAACAUCUACAGUCAAACCACCCUCUUCACAUCGAGAGUUCUUUGCCAAAUUGUACGGUUCGCACGAUGACGUGAAUAAAAAUGAGACCAAAGUGACAAUACCCAGAUCCAGUCCCCAUCUCUUAAAUGUCCCAAAUAUCACGCCCCCUCCCCAAGGCACACCCUCUUUUUCUCCCUCAUCGGGCCUGCCACCUUUUGUUCCAUCAAUCCCCGCUUACUUCAACUCUCCUCAAUGGGAAACACCUUCGCCGGGAUCGAGCCCACAAUUCAGAUUUGGCCCCGAUUUCCCGUUUCCCGGCGGAUUGGCAGCGUUUCUGGCGCGAAGACGCAGGAAAGAUGCCCGACAAAGACGACAACGAACCACCUUCACAUCCGAUCAAACUCUCCGAUUGGAACUGGAAUAUCAGCGCAAUGAAUACAUCUCCCGACCUCGACGUUUCGAACUGGCCGAGUCCUUGGAUCUGACCGAGACUCAGAUCAAGAUCUGGUUCCAGAACCGCCGAGCCAAGGAUAAAAGGAUCGAAAAGGCCCAAUUGGAUCACCAGUACCGGUGCCUUGCCUUUGGCAUCCCACCCACGCCCUAUUCAAGUUCGUUUUGUACGGAGUGCUACUACAAACCAGGUUCCUGUGGAUCCUUGCACCAAGGGAGCAUGUUGCCGAGCCCUCUAACCAAUACGAGUGGUGUCAAUGGAUCUGCGUCCCCUUUGCCUGUCCAUCACAAUGAUUUCAACAAGCUAAUUCAAUGAACCCACAUUCCAUCCCCUGUUUGAAUGUACAAAAAUGAACAAAUGCUAAUGAUUAAUGAAUGAUGAAAUAGACACAGAU